AUUUUGUACGUCGGUCGCAACACCAUCCUUGUGAUCUGAGCAUGGUUCGAGUUGGCUUCUCCCCAUCUGUUUUCAAAUUGAAAAAAUCUAUUUGCUAUAUUUUUACCCAACCCUAACCCUACUCCGCCCCAAUAUCCAACCCCGAUUUUCUCCAAUCCCACCCACUUCCACCGAAUCCUCGAUCGGGUCCUCGCCCUUUCGCAUUUCCCCUAACCAAAAUCUUUCAUUUCGGCCAUGUGAGCUGAGCAAUAUAAUGAUCGGAUUUUUGGACUCUGGCUCCUAUUGUAUGGGUCUGAGCAAUGCCGGAGCUUCGCAGAGGAGUCCGCCGAGGCCGUGCUAAGGUCGCGCACAAGCAACCCGAGCCCCCGGUUGGAAACUACGUGAAGACCCGUGCCGCGGUUGCCAGAGCUAAGAAGUUGAAGCUUGAGGAGGAGGAGGAGGAGGAGGAACAGAAGCAGCAGGUGAUCGUGAUUUCCGAGAGGGAUAGUGGUUCGGAGGGGAAGAAGGGAAAGAAGGUUGUUGGGAAGGAACAGAAGGGUGCGAUGGCCGAUGAUAGUGGCGGCUUGAGUGCCAAUAAGGCCGCUGGUCAAGAGGAAGAGGGCAACACCGCACCUUUUCCCGAGAAGGUCUCGGUAGGAGGGUCACCCAUAUAUAAGAUAGAGAGGAAACUAGGCAAAGGUGGGUUCGGUCAGGUAUUUGUUGGUCGUCGCGUUUCAGGUGGAACUGAACGUGCCACAGGUUCUUCGGCUUUGGAGGUAGCUCUGAAAUUUGAGCAUAGAAACAGUAAAGGCUGCAACUAUGGUCCACCAUAUGAGUGGCAAGUGUACAACACUCUUGGUGGUAGUCAUGGAGUGCCAAGAGUACACUAUAAAGGGCGGCAAGGAGACUAUUAUGUUAUGGUUAUGGACAUGCUAGGUCCCAGCUUGUGGGAUGUUUGGAAUACUUCAGGGCAGGCGAUGUCCUCAGAAAUGGUUGCUUGUAUAGCAGUUGAGUCCUUAUCAAUUCUAGAGAAGAUGCAUGCAAGAGGUUAUGUCCAUGGUGAUGUCAAGCCAGAGAACUUUUUACUUGGGCAGCCAUCUUCACCACAAGAGAAGAAGUUGUUUCUUGUUGACCUUGGAUUAGCAACAAAGUGGAGAGAUAGCUCUAAUGGACAGCAUGUCGAAUAUGAUCAACGUCCUGAUAUGUUUAGAGGAACUGUUCGAUAUGCUAGUGUUCACGCUCACCUGGGAAGAACUGCUAGUAGAAGAGAUGAUCUUGAGUCUCUUGCAUAUACACUCAUCUUUCUCCAUCGAGGCAGGUUGCCUUGGCAAGGCUAUCAGGGAGAUAACAAAUCAUUUCUAGUUUGCAAAAAAAAGAUGGCAACCUCUCCUGAAAUGCUAUGCUGCUUCUGCCCGCCACCUCUUAAGCAAUUUCUUGAGAUUGUGGUGAACAUGAAAUUUGAUGAGGAGCCUAACUAUGCCAAGCUAAUAUCUUUGUUCGAGGGCUUAAUAGGUCCUAAUCCGGCUUUAAGGCCAAUAAGCACUGAUGGUGCUCAAAAGGUUGGUCAAAAACGGGGUAGGUUGAAUAUUGAGGAGGACGAUGAUGGGCAGCCCAAGAAGAAGGUUCGUUUAGGAGUUCCUGCUACACAGUGGAUUUCAGUUUACAAUGCUAGGCUACCAAUGAAACAGAGGUACCAUUAUAAUGUAGCUGAUGCAAGGCUGGCGCAACAUGUGGAGAGAGGGAUUGCAGAUGGCCUGCUUAUAAGUUGUGUGGCAUCUUGUUCCAAUCUCUGGGCACUUAUCAUGGAUGCUGGAACUGGUUUUACAAGCCAAGUUUAUGAGCUGUCAUCUUUUUUCUUGCACAAGGAAUGGAUCAUGGAACAAUGGGAAAAGAACUACUACAUCAGUUCUAUUGCUGGUGCCAACAAUGGGAGCUCCCUUGUGGUUAUGUCUAAAGGCACCCAAUACACUCAGCAGUCUUACAAAGUGAGCGAUUCUUUCCCCUUCAAGUGGAUAAACAAGAAGUGGAGGGAAGGGUUCCAUGUGACAUCAAUGGCAACUGCCGGGAGCCGUUGGGGUGUUGUCAUGUCUCGUAAUGCUGGCUUCAGUGAUCAGGUUGUGGAGCUUGAUUUUCUUUAUCCAAGUGAGGGCAUCCAUAGGCGUUGGGACAGUGGUUACCGAAUUACAUCGACAGCUGCCACUUGGGAUCAAGCUGCCCUCAUUUUGAGUGUGCCUAGGCGCAAACCUGGUGAUGAAACGCAAGAGACCUUACGUACAUCCCAAUUUCCGAGCACCCAUGUUAAGGAAAAGUGGCAAAAGAAUCUCUAUCUUGCUUGUUUGUGUUAUGGGCGGACGGUAUCUUGAUUCCUUUGUAAUUGCAAGGAGUUUCUAGGUCAAAAGAAAGUGAGAUUUUGAUGUUCCUCUUUUCCUAUCAUUUAUGUAGGAUUUCAUGUCAAUUGUAAAAAACGAUUUGAGGAGCUUAGCUGCGGCAGCAGCCGAGACGUGUGCUCCUCUGUAUUAUAAAUUGGUAUUAAAGCUGUACGUUUGCCUUUUAUUUUACUUGUGUGUACGAGUUUAUAAGAAAAAAUUAUUUAGUGGCGCA